GUGAGGCCUCACCUUUUCAAACCAUUUUCACAUUUACCUUUUAAAACCAAGCCGAUAAAAAGCUUUUGUUGUAAACUCUUAUAUUCUGUUGUGUGUGUUAACAAGCAACAAACCAACAAGAGAAAAAAAAAUGAUUUAGAAACUUAACUAAUCAAAAUUAAUACUUUAAUCUUCAUCAAUGUAUCUCUUUUGUUCAGUGUAACAGCUAAUCAAUUAAUGGACAUUACUAAUUAUUAAAUUAUUGUGUCUUAAGUGUAAUAACAAAUUAACUAAUUUCCAGUUGACGGUAAACAUUGGAAACAACAAAUUGACAAUGUUCAAUUUAUUACUUGCAUCUUAUAGUAACACCAACAACAAGAGAGAAUCAAGUUUACCUGUGAUAACCUGUUGGUUGUCUACAUUUUUUUUUAUUCUUUUAACUUUUUUACCAAAUUGUUAUGCUUCUGAUCUAAUUAAUUUAACAAAUUCUUCAUCAACGAUUAAUUCAACCAUUGAUUAUACAACAAUUAAUUUAACAACAACAACAGAAUCAACACCAACCUCUUGUUCACCUUCUUGUGUAAAUGGUAUUUGCCAUCAAUCUAAAUGCUAUUGUGUUCCAGGAUUUACAGGCAAACGAUGCGAGAAACGGUGGGAUGAUUGUGUAUCACAACCUUGUCAAAAUGGUGGAACCUGUGAAAUUGAUGGAUCUCACUAUAAGUGCAUCUGUCCAGCGGGUUAUACUGGACCUUUAUGUGAAAAGGAUAUUGAUGAUUGUGCCUCUUCACCUUGUCUAAAUAAUGGUACAUGUACUGAUCUAUUAAAUGGUUUUACCUGCUCUUGUUUACCCGAUUGGACAGGUAAACUUUGUGAAUCAAAGAUUGACUAUUGUGAUCCAAAUCCGUGUGAAAAUGGUGGAUCAUGUUUUUCCUCUUCCGAUCAAUUUAAUGUCUCAUGUUUGUGUGACAUCGGUUAUUCUGGUCAGUUUUGUGAAAACCGAGUGUGUGACCCAACUCAUUGUAAUGGAAUCUGUUUGAAUGAUACUUGUUUCUGUAAACAAGGUUAUAGUGGUAUCCAUUGUCAGGAAGAUAUUGAUGAAUGUGCUUCCAAUCCAUGUGAAAAUGGUGGUGUUUGUGAAAAUUUAAUCGAUGAAUUUAAGUGUCAUUGUAAAUUGGGUUUUGAAGGAAACCGAUGUAAUAUCAACAAAGAUGAAUGUGCCACCAAUCCAUGUGAAAACAAUGGUACCUGUAUCGAUGGUAUCGCUGAUUAUACCUGUUUAUGUUCAACUGGAUUUAUUGGUAAAAAUUGUGAAAACAAUACAGAUGAAUGUGCAUCUAACCCAUGUCACAAUGGAGGUACUUGUGUCGAUGGUAUCAAUAGUUAUACCUGUUUGUGUCCAACCGGAUUUAUUGGUGUUUAUUGUGAAAAUGAAACAAAUGAAUGUCAACCUAAUCCUUGUUUCAAUGGUGCAACAUGUAAAGAUUUACAUAAUGAUUUCUUUUGUCACUGUCCACCCGGUUGGGAUGGUAAAACUUGCUUCAAUGAUAUAAAUGAAUGUCUAUCAAAUCCAUGUCAAAAUAAUGGUACAUGUAACAAUUUACCCAAUAAUUAUUCGUGUUCCUGUGUUCGUGGUUACACCGGAAAAGAUUGUGAAAUUGAUAUAAAUGAAUGUGACUCAUCUCCAUGUUUAAAUGAUGGAUUCUGUGAGGAAGGUAUUGAUGAUUUUACCUGUCAAUGUCAGGAAGGCUACCUUGGUCCUACCUGUUCUGAACUUUAUGAUGCGUGUGCAUCCUCACCAUGCAUGAAUGGUGGUAACUGUACCACUGAACGUCCCUCUAAAUUGUAUACCUGUGAAUGUCCGGAAGGAUUUGAAGGAGGUUUCUGUGAAAAAUUUAUUCUACUUCAAAAUCCAUUGGAUCCAGUAUUCGUUAGCGUUGUCAGUUUAAUCUGUGUCCUGAUUAUCCUCCUGUUAAUCUUAACCCUAAUCUUUGUAAGAUCGGUGAAAAAGGCUCGAGCAACUAGAGGAACUUAUUCACCAUCAACCCAAGAAAUGUUUGGUAAUUCAUCAAGUGAAAUCCUGAAACCACCUCCAGAGGAGAGAUUAAUUUAGAUUAACAAUUAAUUUUUUUGUUCUCUACCAAUUUUAAAUAUCUAAUCUUCUUUGUAUAAUUAUUUUCUAUUGAUAAGUUUUCUUCUUCUUCUUUUUCUAUCACUAAACCCAAUUUAUUCCCUAUUAUUAACUAUUAUUACCGUUAGUUAUCAUUUCUAUUAUGAUGAUUAUUAUUACAAUUAUUUGUAAUUUGAUCUAAUGUCCAGUUGUUUUGAUUGGGACAUUUGUCAAAAACGAAUCAACUUUCAUUCCAUUCCAUCCAUUUAUACAAACUCACACACCUCACCCUCUAAAUGAUGAGGAAGAUGAAGGAUGUGAUUGUAUUGACAUUUAAUUUAUCUCUCUCAUGUAAAAAAAUACACUUUAUUUAUAUACACAACAUGGUCACUCUCUUGACCACCAUUUACAUGGUUACUUUGCCGCUGUUACCCUGCCUCGUAUUGCCUUUCAUCUUGAUAAUCAUCAUCAUCAUCAUCAUCCGCCAGCUCAUCAUCACUUUAGUCUCUCCAAGAACAACAACAAUUAAUCAUCUAAAUUGAUUAGCUACCAGCUGAUUGUAAUCAAUUCUGUCAAUUGGAAAUUCAUAGAUUUAUGUUUUCUGUAUAACUUUUUUUUUAUAUACUUUCUAUCAAUCAGAUUGUGAAUCUAAUUUUUCAUCACCAUAGUUAAUUACAAUUAACUCUUUUUCUAAGAAUAAUGGAACUUUUUUUCCCUUCUUCCUCUUUUGUACAAUAAUCAACGAAAAAUCAAAUUUGAUUCUCUCCAUUUAAAUCACAAUUUGGUUAAUUUGUCAAGAAAUCAGCUCAUCAUCAAUCUAAAUUUAAUUUCAUUGGAAAUCAUAAUAAUAGAAAUUGAUAACAAUUGAAUGUAAAUUAUUAAUUUUCCUACUUCUAAUUUGUACAAUCACUUAAUUGAUCUGAAUAUUGAUCAUGAUGAAAAUAAAUUUUCUAAUUAUUAAUUACUUAA